AUGGUCAUGCUGUUCCUAUCCGCCCGCCUCGGCUUCCGCCGUUCUCUUGCGACGGCGGCGCCACCGCGUGCUGCAUCUCUUGGAGCGGGCUUCCGCCUUCGGCAAGCCUCGGAUGAAUAUUCCUCGCGAAGUCUUCUCCACGUCCAGCUCCUCCCGCGCUUCUUCACCUCCAAUGGAUUCGGAUCCAACAUGUCUUUCCCAUCUUCUGGGUCUGUUGCCGCAUAUUUGAAGCCACAUGAGAAUUUUAACAGAACCAAUUUUGUGCGUCGAGAUUUCCGUGCUAAGAUACAGGUGAACUUCAAUAAUAUGGAUAAUGGUGCAAGAAUGACAGCUGGUGGCGAGAGACCUUCCAACCUCGGGGAGCGCCGUCCUUUUGCCGCUUCCCUUGUCUUUAAGGAACAUGAACAAUAUUCACAGAGGAAGAAGAGAGAUUUUGUCCAUGUCUUACUGAAGAGAAAUAAGACAUUUGUGACUGUGACGGACGUUAGUGGGAAUAAAAAGACCGGGGCUUCCGCUGGUUGUUUGGAGGACAGGAAAGGGCAAUCUCGUCUCUCUCGGUAUGCUGCUGAAGCAACUGCGGAACAUGUUGGGCGAUCUGCUAGAAAGAUGGGUUUAAGGUCUGUUGUCAUGAAAGUGAAAGGAGUUUCUUUUUUCAAGAAGAAGGUGAUCUUGGGCUGGAGAGAAGGUUUCCGAGGCGAAAGAGUAAGAGAUCAAUCUCCUAUCAUGUACAUCCACGAUGUCACCCAACUUCCACAUAAUGGAUGCCGGCGCCCCAAACAACGCCGGGUGUAGCUCUUUGUGAACUGGAGGUAAAGUUGAGUAUGUCGGUAUUUUGAAGGUGAUAUGGAAGGCUAUUUUAAGCUGCAUGGUGUUGGUCUAGUUGAUUCAUAUACGGAGAUGCAUCUCUUGCCUCUGCUGAGUUGUUAGGCUAUCCAGUCUGGUUUCUGUAAUUCUGUGUGACCUGUGUUACUAGCUCAGUUGAGCCAUCGACAAUUCUGAACCAUUUUUUUGAAUCGGUUCA